UUAGAGUUGCGUCUUUGGUCACUGCUUUGCUUCUUCCCGGUCUGCCCGAGUCGUUACGAAGCUCUGAGAUGCCAAAGAAAGGGAAAAAGGGCGUAGAGCAGAGGGUCAAGGGUAAUGUCAAGGCUGCCAGUAGCGGGCGAAUGGCAGAUCUCCUGGGAGGAGAGAUGACCGCCGGGGUCAUAGGGUUCGAGGCGGUGUCUCGGGGGCUGGAGAGAGAGGGAGGUGUGGUGGCGGAGGUAUCCCAUGGUGCUGGUGCGAGGUUCCAAGUCGUGAUGAAACAGCUCGGGAAGAGAGACACCACCACCAAAAUAAAGGCUCUAAAUGAGUUCUCCAGUCUGUGUGACGAGGAGCCGGCUGAGGCUGUCGUGGCAGUGCUCAAUAUCUGGAAUCUCAUGUACAACAAACUCAGCACUGACAACGACAAUCGUGUGCGAGAGGUCAGUCACAGGGCAAUGCAGUCGUGUGUGGGGAAAGUAAAGAGUGCGAUGGGUCCUCACCUCCGCUCCAUCCUGGGUCCCUGGCUGGCUGGGAUGUGUGAUCCGUAUGCCUCUGCUGCCUCUGCUGCACAGACGGCCUUCUCCACGGUUUUCACUCCCGAGAAACAGAUCGACGUGCUCAAAUUUGGCUUCAGGGUCAUCAUCUCUUUUGUGGAAGAUGUUGUUCUGAAACAAACGCAAGACACUUUCAGCGAUCCAAAAGUGGUGGCAGCAGACGAGAGGCUGCAGCGCUACGAGAGAGUUGUGACCAUGUGUCUCAACGGACUCAGUCUCGCUCUGAGUCGACUCCAGACUCAGUUCCUGGCAGAGAGGAGAGGAGACUGGGAGAACCUCCUGGCCGAGAAGAGAGCUCUGGAAACUCGCCCGCCACAAUAACCCCUACAUUCGCGCCUCGGUCUACAAGUUGGUGGUGUCGCUGUGCCAGUACUGUGGAGACUUUGUGCCAUCUCAUGGCCGUCAGUUCUGCCCCCUGGUCCUGUCCAGUCUGGGGGAGAAGGAGCCUGGUGUGGUGGGUCCUCUCUGGGACGCCGUCCUUCUCACCACCAGCCUCUGCCAGGACUGGAGAGAGCAUGUAAAUGUGCCUAAGGCGGUGCUGCCAGGUCUGUGGCAGCUGCUGGGCGAGGGAGGCUACGGCUCUGCCAGACAGGUCUACCCCUGUCUCCUCCCUCUCCUUACCAGACUGGUCCAACAGGUCUAUCCGUCAGAUGUCAACUUUGCCGUAUCUUUCAUGGAUAAGUUGAAAAGCGGAGUGGAGGCAGGCAGUGUGCGAGGGUCAGUCUCAGAGAGUGAGGCGGUUCUCCAGACCUGCAGUCAGUGUCUCUGCCACCUCGUGGUGGCUGUGGAGACACACUCUCUCCCUCACGAUGAGAUACAGCAGUUCUAUGAGAAGCUGUUGGGCACGGUGAGCUCAAGAACUGGACCAGUGAGAGCUUAGCUAGAGGUUUAACUUGCUCUACAGUCACCCUAUUUCUCACCGUCAGUCCGAACAUUUAUUUGCACUGCAAACUUCAGCUAUAGUCAAAGAAUACAGCAUAGUUAGUUUGCCUGUACCUAUGUACCAGUUGCUUGCUAAAAGUACGAAGGGUUUAGGCCACUUUUUCCACCUGUCAGUCCUAAGUAAGCAGAGUGACAUUCUGAUGUUGUAUUAGGUUGUUGAGCUGGUGAAGUACAGUGUGACUCAGUGCCCCAGGACCCAGGCCAGUAUUUUAUGUGGCUGGAUUGGUAGAAUUCUGGAUGACCUACUUGAAAUCGGGUCAUCCCAUCCAUGGAUGGAGCAAUAUCUGCAGGGAUGGCUUCAACCACAACUUACCGAAACCUUGUCAUCUCUUCUGAGGCAGAACACAGACAAAGCUCACUUUGCCAAGAUGGGAGCUCUCCUGAAGUCACUUGGGAACCGCUACUCUAAGCCAGACACUGACCGAAGGGUGACAUUUGAUCGAGUCACUGUUCCACAGCCAGCAGAACAGGCUCCUCUUAUAACCAGUGAAGGUGAAGGAACGGUAUUUGAGGCCGGAGAAAAGGAGGCGAAACAGGUAAAGGAAGAGAAGAAGAGGAGGAAGAUGUCUGGGGAGGGGCUGAAGACCCGGAUGUCUUUCCUGCGGCCUGCCAUUGCUGGUGUGUGUUCACAGUGUGUCUCGAGUGUCGUGAGGAGGCAGAGUGUGGAGCACUGCUCUAUGCUGUGUGAAAUACUUGACCUGUAUGGAGGGACUCAGACCGCGACGUUGGUCUACAGAGACAACCAGAUUGCCAGUUUGUUGGGGGAGAGUGGGGAGACCACUGGUAGCGGUAGAGGAGAUGGUGCAGGGGGAGAAGAGGAAGUGAAGAAGGAGGACGGUGUGAGGGUGGUGGAAGGGGGGGAGAGAGAAGCUGGAUCUAUCACUGAGAUCGUUGUUUGUCUCAGUGGUUGUCUCUUGAGAGCAAUAGACUGGGAGUGUUAUUAGUGGGCGGGACCCUCGGUUGAUGGAGGGUGUGGCCAGUUCUGUUUUGCUUCUUCUACAAAUGGCGGGAGUCUCCGUGGAGGCGUGUCAGCUACUCUGCACAAGAUGGUGCAAGAUCAUCAAAGCAUUCUACUAUUGCUUCUAACAAAAUUGGGAGGAGGAGACCGAAUGGGCAGAAAGGAGUGGGUCAGGGUAUUGUUGCAGAGACACCAGUCGCUGCUGCUACGUUUGGUCAGGGAAGGAGGUGCGGGGAGAGAUGGGGAGGGGAGGAGUGAGGGGAGAAGACACCUUCCUGUGGCGAUUCCUAGACCUUUGCCUCACAUCUACCGGUUCUUUUGAGGGCGAACAAGAGAUGAAGAGAAGCGUGUUUGAGAUAAUUUCAAAGACCCUGCAGAUUGCUCUACAGCCACCACAACUGCAGAGCGAAGAAGAGAAAGGUGUCAGACCAGAGAGGGAAGUAGGUCCACAACCUGCAAUCAUGAAGCUGCUGCAGACACUAGCAAGGACAUCUGCUGAUGUUGUAGAGGACUAUUUCACUUUCAGAAGUGACAACGGUUCUGCUUUGCUCUGCAGUAUGCUCCAUUGGUGCCUGGACCACUGCAGGCGUGAAGAAAGUACGGGCUCAAUCCUGGCAGCAGUGUUUCAGUGCUACUCUCACCUAGUCGCCCUCCUUCCAGAGCCUGCCAGCUAUCUGGAGUCGUCUGCUGCCCUUCUCUCUUCUCUACUGCACAAUGACCUGGACAGAGUGCUUGCAAUGGCUGUGGCAGUGGAUUUGCUACACUCUCCAGCUUUAAAUUCUUACUGUACUUUUUGGAGCUUCUACCAGCCACUCAGACCACAGUCUCCUGCUCAAAAGACUGGGUACCUGUCACUUGGUGCACUGGAGACCUACUGCUCCAACCAAUCCUACUCCCCUCUCUUCACCGAUCUCUCUGCCUCCAAUGUCGUCACGACCCUCACGGGCUCCGGCCUCUCAGGUCUCUUCUUAGCCACUGCUCUCUGCAAGAGACCCACCCUUGCAAGUACACUGAGUUCUCUGGAGUUUGAUGCCAGUCUUGGUGACAUGAUUUUGAACUCCGACGGAGCGCCAACCAAUCUCAACAUAGCUUUCCCGGACAGUGGUUCUCAGGAAGAGAAGGGGAGUUACUACCGUCUAUGGAAGGCAACAGUCUGUGACCUGAUGCUGGCUCUCUGUGCUCUGCAGCCUUCUAAAGCCAGUUCACAGUCACAUACAGAGGAAGAGGUGGUGAGUGUGCUGACUUCAGCUCUACAGCAGUGUCUGGUGCUGGGCAGUAGAGACCACCAUGAAUGGAAUACACAGAUGCUUGACGCACUCAUUGAAAGAGCCUCAAUGGAGGGUCCGCUGUGGUGUGAGGUGCUGAAGCAGUUCAUAUCUGUCCUAGAGUCCUCGGUGGACGAAGAAGAUAGACUCACAGUUCUCCCCGACUUUAUCAGUGUGGUACUGCGUGAUAUGGAGCCGGGGCUCGUGCUGGCUGCCAUCAGCGGACUGAGCAAUGAAGGAAAGAGAGAGGUGGAAGGUCGUCUGAUGGCCUGCAUCCGAGGCAGAGAAAGUGAUCUAUGUCUGUUGUGUGCAUGUCUCCACCUGCUACCAAAGUUCCGUUCAGACCUUCUGUCUCUGGCCAGAGGCGGACUCUCUUCCGUUGCCUCGCAACACAGCAGCUCUGAGAUCAACCUUUUUGAUUCCCUGGGCGAGAGUGUGCAGGAUCCUAUGGUGUACAGUCUGCUGGACCUCAUCUCACUGCUGUGUGCUGAUCAGACGGUACCCAGUGAUGCCUGGGACUUUAUUCUCUGUGCACUCGUCACCAUCACACAUCUGGUGUCAGAGGCCACACCCUCCCAAAGGAACUCUGUUAACUACACCGUGUUCUACUGUAAGGCCAUGGCGGCCUGUCACGAUGUGGCGUCCGUCCUCACCUCUCCCAGCUCCCCCGACCAGCAGGCCGGCGACUGGAAGGAGUUCUUUGCUCCUGACAUCAACUCCUGCCUUCUCCCUGCCUUCCUCAACCGUGCAACUCAGACCACUCCAGACUCCCUCCCAUCCCACUGCGACGUACUCCAGAGCUACCAUCUCUCUCGCACGGCGGCUGAGGUCUGCUCGUCGCCAACGGAGGGAGUGUCGCUAGAGUUUCUCGUCGACAUCUUCUUCUCCCCCCUCAACCCCUUCAGAAUCACCGCCUUCCUUCUGGCCCAGAGAUUGGUGUCAGUUUUGCAGUUCACUGUUGAAGGCUCUACCAGUAGUACAGAGAAAGCGAAAGAUACCACAAAGACCAUUACAGUACCUGAAAUACGAAGUCUACUGAGUGCAGCGAUGGGGAGAGUGAACCUUGACCUCACGUUCCGGAGAGAGCUGGUGGAGGAUGCUAGUGAGGACCCCACCACUCCAUACCUCCUCCUCUGUCUCCUACUCAUCCAGAUCAUGAGCCAAUCUGGACCUGAGGCGAGAGCGUCACUGGGGGAGUGGGUGAAGGAACAAUCUCUCGUCCCCCGCCUCCUCAACGGGCUGUUCACCGUACUGUCUGACACCACAUCCUCUGCUCCGCUCAAGACCACGAUAGAGGUUACUCUGGAGCCAGAUCUACCGACACUGUGCACAGUGGUCUACAGUGCGCUAGCUCGCCAUCUUCCCUCAAUGCUCAGACAGUGGUACCUCUCAGUGGACCGAUUUACCAGCUCAACUGUCACUGGGUUUACGACAAAGUAUGUGAGUCCUGCUCUUCAGCAGACAGAGCUGGAGGCAGUCGGCAAGACAACCACAACCCAUGGCAACAUGGAGGUUCGAGCGUCCACUAGUGUGUCAGAGGUGUCGGUUGUCUAUCGUCUCCAUGAGUUCAGCAUCGAGCUGUUUGUGAGGCUGCCGGCAAACUACCCCCUCCAGCCGCCGUCCAUCAGGGAGGGGAAGAGGGUUAAAGUCGAGGUCAGCCAGUGGAGAAAAUGGAUGCUCCAACUCAAUGUCUUCAUAGCUAACCAGAAUGGUACACUGAUGGAUGGGCUGCUGCUGUGGAAGAGCAAUCUGGACAAGCAUUUCUCAGGGAUCGAGGACUGCAUGAUCUGUUUCUCUGUCAUCCACGGCUCCCUCUACUCCCUGCCCAAGAUGACCUGUCGCACGUGCAAAGAAAAGGUUCCACUCGGCAUGUCUGUACAAGUGGUUCAGUACAAGCAACAAGAGCAGUUGUCCGCUGUGUAGGAACAUAUUCUGAGACCUCAAUCACUCUUUCUGCUAUUUAUUAUUUAUCCAUUAUCUCUGUAUACGGGUGUAAUCAUCACCAUUCAUCUUUGGACAUUUUUCUGCAUUUGAUUUUGGUGUUU